GUGUCUUCCAACAUGGUGUGGAGACGGAGGGUAGGGCUAGGUCCUCCAUGCUGCAGGAGCCUCUGCAGGUCGCUUUCUCUCUUAUUUGUCCUUGUGGCUUCCAUAAACUCCUUCAGUCUUCCCCAGUCGAAGAACCCUCCUGCCUUCCCAGGUACUGUCUCUUGUGAUGAAGACGGAGUGAGAGUUGAGUUUCUAAGUAGUCUUGACUUGGAAAAAUGGCAACCUUCUGUUGUAGAUGCCUCCGGUGCUGAGAUUUUGAACUGCACUUAUGCCCUGGACUCAAAAAACCUCACCAUGAAGCUUUCUUAUGAAACCUGUACCACAGGACUGGUUGGUGGGUACCAGGUGAGCAUCAGAGUGCGGGACAACAGUACUGACCUAAGAGAUACAGGCGGCCUGCAUCAUUUCUUCUGUCCACUUAUUACAAAAGAGAUCUACGAGUUUUCAGACGCCAUAGUCUGCACGAAGGAUUUUAUAUCUUUUACCUUCCCACAUAUUUUCUCUAAGUUUGCUGAUGAUAAUGCGAAUGCACCUGAGAUGGGAUGGACCAUUAAGCUUGGCAAUGGCACACAAACCCACACUCUGUCCCUGAAUGAUGCCUUAAGACAAGGAUUUAAUCUUCUGAUUGACAGCGAGAAAUUAACCCUUGAUGUGCCAGUCAAUGCUACUGGAGUCACUCAACAUGUGCAAGGGAGCAGCCAUCUCUACACUGUGAAUCUGAAUCUUAUGUUCUCAAUGCCUGGGCAGAGGAUUACCUUCUCCUCACAAGCUCUCUGUGCAUCAGAUCUGUCUGUGACUUGCAAUGCCACACACAUGACUCUCGCCGUACCAGAGUUCCCUGGGAAGCUAAAGUCUGUGGGCUUUGGGGAAAGGAGCAUUCCCGAGAGGCAAUGGCACACCAGUGGGAUCGACAAAGAAGUAACAAAUGGCUUGAGACUGCAUUUCAGAAAAACUCUCCUGAAAACAAAACCCUCUGACGAAUGCCCACAUUAUCAGUUCUACUUCUCGGCACUCAAGCUGACCUUUCACCUCCAACCGUACAUGGUGACCGCGGUGAUAGAUCCUGAGUGCCCCUGUGAGUCACCCAUCUACAUAGAUGAACUGUGUACACAGGACGGGUUCAUGAAUUUUGAGGUCCACAGCCACCAAACAAAACCUGCUCUGAACCUGGAGACCCUCCUGGUGGGGAACUCCUCCUGUCAGCCUAUCUUCAAGGCUGAGGCACUGGGGCUCGUACGCUUCCGUAUACCUCUGAACGGAUGCGGAACACGACAGAAAUUUGAAGGUGAUAAAGUCAUCUAUGAAAAUGAAAUACACGCUCUCUGGAAAAAUCUACCACCAAGCAUCAUAUACAGGGACAGUGAGUUCAGAAUGACAGUGAGGUGUUAUUACGCCAGAGACAGUGUGCUACUAAAUGCCAAUAUCAAAAGUCGCCUUUCUCCAGUGGCCUUGGUAAAGCCAGGUCCGCUGAUGCUGGUCCUGCAAACAUACCCAGACAAAUCCUACCAGCGACCUUAUGGGAAGGGUGAGUACCCUCUAGUGAGAUACCUCCGCCAGCCAAUCUACAUGGAAGUGACUGUCUUGAACAGGAAUGAUUCCAACAUCAAGCUGGUCUUGGAUGACUGCUGGGCAACAUCUUCUGCGGACCCAACCUCUCUCCCCAGUGGCAUAUCAUCGUGGAUGGCUGUGAAUAUGAACUGGAACUACCGCACUACCUUCCACCCAGCUGGCUCCUCUGUGCUCCAUCCUGCUCACUCCCAGAGGUUUGACGUGAAGACCUUUGCCUUCGUGUCAGAGGCACAGGGGCUCUCUAGCUUGAUCUACUUCCACUGCAGUGCCUUGAUCUGCAACCAAGGGUCCCUUGACUCCCCUCUGUGUUCCGUGACUUGCCCUGCAUCCUCGAGGAGCAAACGAGAGGCCAUCGGAGGAGACACAAUGACAGUUAGCCUUCCAGGACCUAUUCUCCUGUUGCCAGGUGAUUCUUCACUUAAAGAUGCUACGGUCCCUAAAAGAAGUGAGAUUACCAAGGACACGGCUGCUAAAGUAGUAGCUGCUGUGGCUGCAUUAGUGGGUUCAGUGGUGAUUGUCGGCUUCAUCUGUUACCUGAAUAAAGAAAGAACUGCGAGGUUGGAUCACCGAGCAUGCAAAUAAAG